CUCAUUCCUGCUUGCUGAUUGGCUAAUGAGCAGCGCGGUGGUGCUUCCCUUUCCGGUGGCGCUGACCUUGCCCGGGAGCGGAGCCGCAGCCAUGGUGGCGUACUGGCGGCAGGCCGGGCUCAGUUACAUCCGGUAUUCCCAGAUCUGUGCUCAGGUGGUUAGAGCAGCGAUGAAGCCUCAGUACAAAGCGGAGGCAGAGAGGGCGGCGAUGGCCACUGUGAAAACUGUGAAACCCAAAAAGGAAUAAAAUGAACUGAUCUGUGGUGAAUUAACAGCAAACUGCAAUGCUGUAGACAAGCUCAAGACUCUGCAAUAUAAUGUCGUCGCAUCAACUGUAAAACUUGCCUCUAUGUAAAUCAGUAUGCUAAUAAAUGUAACUUCAGUUAAAUGAA